UCUUUCCGAUAGAUUAAAAAUAUAUCGAAAAUUCUCGAUUGUUCACAAAAGUAUCGCGUUUAUCGAGUGGAGACCUAUUGUUUUUAUUUUCAAAUAGCGGGUGGGUUUCGCCAUUGUCAAAUCAUGAGUCAACUACAAAAGCUCUAGCGAAAGUGAAACCCAGCAAGAUGCCUCUGAAGGAUGCCAAAAAUAAAACUGAUUUAAACAUGGGAAAUACUACACAUUUUGUAAAUGGAACAACUACACCUCUGCCACCUGCUGAGAAGUUAACAGAGGUGCAUAUAGAUCAACACAAGACUAUACGUAUCACCAAGGAGGAUUUAAAUGAUCUUCUAGAUUUGUACAUGGGUAAAAUAGUACAAAAUGCCGUGACCAUUAAAGAUCAAGAAAAUGAAAUAAAUCAACUUCAAAGCAAGGAUCAAGGCGAAAACGAAAUUUUAAAAAGGUUUCAGAAUUUAACGGAAGUGUGCCAAAAUCAAACUGUGAUAUUUGAAAAAAAUUUAAAAAAUAAGAAUGUAAAAAUCGAAUCACUCGAAUUGAAAUUAAAAAUCUAUGAAGCGAGAUUGCGUCGAAAACAACAUGCACUCAGUGAACUAAGAAAACACAAUGAAUCCCAUAUGCUUUUAAUAGAGCAUUUAAAAUUAAAACUUAUACAUUUGGAACGAAAAUUUCGAGAGAAAAAAGAUGAUUUAUUGGCCGAUUGGGAAUCAGCAACGACCACAUGUAUACCCUACGGCAAAACUUCGGGUAUACAUUUGAUACAGCUCCCAAAUUAUUUGCCCUUUCUGGUGCACUGUGAAGGCCUUACCCCGGCUGGCCCUGGCUGGACGGUUAUACAAAGGCGUUUCGAUGGUUCGAUUGAUUUCUAUCGCAAUUGGAAACAAUAUGCCAAAGGAUUUGGUAAACUAAAUCGAGAAUUCUUUUUGGGCUUGGAGAAAUUGCAUUGGUUAACCAAUUCGCAACCCCAUGAAUUAUAUAUAAUAAUCAAGAGAUUCAAUGGCGACUGGAGCUAUGCACAUUAUGAUAAUUUUCUAAUUGGCAACGAGACAGAGGGAUUUGAGCUACAACUACUGGGUCAUUACGAAGGCAAUGCCAGUGAUGCCCUGAGAACGCAUGAUAAAAUGAAGUUCUCUACAUUUGAUCGAGAUAAUGAUGAAUUUAUCCAUAUGAAUUGUGCGGUUCAUCAUCAUGGCGCUUGGUGGUACGAUUUUUGCUCCAGAAGUAAUCUUAAUGGCAAAUAUUUUAAAGAGGAAGUGGAUAGUGCCCAAAGUAUCUAUUGGGAACCAUGGUACAGUUUUAAGUCCUUAAAAUCUGUACAAAUGCAAAUACGACCCAAAAGUCUAAAGGAAUUGGAGAUUAAAUAACUUAAAAACUAUAAACCAAAACAAGUAAAACAA